AUGGACUCAUUUCUACACACUAUUUAGAGUAUAUAAAACAUACUCAAUGCACAAUCUGACAUUAAACACAUCAAAAACGCACUCAAAUGCUUGACAACUGAUUACAAAUUGCAACUCAAAAUUAACUCUCUUCUCGUACAAUCCCUUAUUCUCAUUCAUAGUUACUCAUACAUCUAAGCCAAUAAGAUAAAAUCAGAAACGCCUUGAAUAAAGAUCAAUUGCUUUAUGACUUCAUACUCAAAACCUGCCAGAACCAAUAGAAUGCCCUUAAUUAGAUUUCUUUGGAAUCUUUGAAAUAUUUUGGAACUGUUGCCUAGAUCGACAAGUAUCGAGAAGCCAUCGACAUUCUUAUGAACUAAGGAAUAGAUUUACCAAAUACAUAUGUGCAUGCUAAUAAGUUAUUCGAAUUGCAACGAAAUGAUCAAAAUAGAGAAGUGCUUACAUUACAGUCAUUUUAACAAAUUGUUUAUGAUCAUUAAUUAGACCUUUAAGGACUAACUACAAUAGUCUAAUCUAUAUCUACAAUUGAGGAAAAACACAUCUGCAGUAUUAUAAUAACAAUUAUAAUUCGUUAGUGCUUGAUAGUUUUAAAUCUACUUUUGCAGAGAGAAUAUCAUCGAUUGAGGACAUACUUAAAAGUAAUCAAAGUAUUUUAACGAGUGAGUAAUUGGAGUAAUUAAAAACUAUUUAAUCCUUUGAACAAUAAUUCAAUAAGUAAGUGAAUAAGCAACAAAAAGAUAAAUUCAAAAAUUUCAAUCAAUUUCUAGAAUGGAUAGCAAAAUCAUUGAACAUCAAAGUCUCCUUAAAAGAUAACCAAUUGGCUCCUCCAUAAUAGAAUUAAUAAAAAAAUUCAGUCCCUAUUCUGGUAAUAGAGAAUUAGCCAUCUGAUAGAACUGCUAAAAGUGUGAGAUCAACCAUUGUUUCAGAACCAUAAAAGAAUCCUUUUCAUGAGAAUGAAAAAGCUUUGAGACAGCGAGUUCAAUUCGAACUGGAAAAAUUCAAGAGGAGAUAACUACCGGAUAAAUAAUAUUCUGGGCAGUUGGUUUAAGGAUACUUGAACAUCAAUUCGGAAGAUUAACAUUAAUUAAAGAAGUUUAAGUUAUCGAGUAUAAAAAAUAAAUAAACUCUAUUUGAUUCUCCUGAGAUCUAAUUGGGAGUAAUAAAGAAAUUUAUAUUAAAAGAAGAACUUAAUUGCAACUUUUUAGAAUUAACUUUUUAUAUAGGAAAUAAGCGUUAAAAGAUUUUAGAUAAUUGCUCGAUGGUUUUUGAGGAGCCAAGAGGGUUGCAAUUUUGGGUACCUUAAAAUAAAAUGGACAGUCAAAUUCUAGGUAGAAAGUAAUGCAGAAUGUCAUGUUUGAUAGCCUAUUAAUAUAGUUUAUUUGAGCCAUUGAAAGGUAAAUAUAAUAAAUAUGAGGUUAAUUUUAAUGGAUUGAGGAUGAUAAGGUGUGUGAGGCUGUGUUUAUGGUCCCUUGUUUAUUGAGUC